GGUUUCAGAUUCGGACCUUGUAUGGUGUUUCACGCACAGUAUUCUCAUCUCUCUUGUAUAGUUACUUAUUUUAAACGAUAAUAUAUUAAGUAAAUGUGACGGCGACACUAAAAACACAUCGAUUCUUGAAAUAUCUUGAGAGUUUCAGUAGGUAUUCACAAGUGCUGGGGAUGAAGGAUAAGAUGGCCGUUCCUCUGUUCGCCCUGUUGGCGUUGUGUGUGGACGUGUUCACAGUGAUGUUCAUUGGUGCCAUCCAGCUGUCCCCGUCCUUCACCAGUAACGCGUUCAUCACGCUGUGGGCCGGCGGACUGGCCCGAACCACUCUCCUCCUCUUCGUGUCCGUCUCCUACUCCGGCAGCCCGGCGUGGAUGAGAGGAUGCGAGGGCGUUCAGACGGCUGUGGUCCACGGCCUCCUCUAUCCGGUGUACAUCUCGUUUCUCUGGGCGUGUGGCAGGUCUACUGUGGAGCUGCUGUGGGGUUGGCACACCUGGCAAGGGCUUCUGCAGGGGUAUUUGGUGUUGGCGUUGUCUCUGUUGCUGUGGAAGCGCCAUGUCCUCACUCUCCUUCCAACAGCCAGAAAGCAGAAAACACAGCAGAAGGGCAAGGCGUCGCUGCAAAGGCUGCUGGGAUACAUGAAGCCCUUCAGUGGACGCUUUGCAGUCGUCUUCUUCUUUGUGGUUAUAUCUUCUUUAGGUGAAAUGGCGAUUCCUCACUACACCGGUAAAAUGACGGACUGGAUCAUGAAUGAAGAUGAGCCCGAGGCCUUUAACCACGCGAUCACUGUCAUGACCCUGAUGACCGUCAUGAGCGCCGUGUGUGAGUUUGUGUGUGACCUCAUCUACAACAUCACCAUGAGCCGAAUACACACGUCCAUCCAAGCACUCGUCUUCCAGUCGGUGCUGAAACAAGAUAUUGCGUUCUUCGAUAAAGCUUCCACAGGUGACAUUGUGUCCCGCAUCACCACCGACACCAACACCAUGAGCGAGUCUCUGAGUGAGAAGCUGAGUCUGCUCAUGUGGUACUUCAUGCGCAUCAUCUUCCUCUUCGGCUCCAUGGUGUUGCUCUCCGUCAGACUGUCCGUCUUCACCGCUCUCGGCCUCCCCAUCAUCUGGAUCAUCCCAGAAUUCUCCGGCCGGUUCUACCAGAAACUUUCUGCACAAGUGCAAGAAUCUCUGGCGAAAGCCAACGACGUUGCGACGGAAACGUUCUCCUCCAUGAAGACGGUCCGGAGCUUUGCUAACGAGGACGGAGAAACCGAGAGGUACAAGAAGUGUUUGGAAGGCACGUACGCCCUGAACAAAGUGGAAGCCGCUGCUUACGCCGCCUCAACGUGGACCAACAGUAUGUCCAGUCUGGCUUUGAAAGUCAGUAUACUGUACUAUGGAGGACGGCUUGUGACAGGAAGUGAUGUCAGUAGCGGUGAUCUGGUGUCGUUUGUGCUAUACGAGCUUCAGUUCACAUCCGCUGUGGAGGUGCUGAUGUCCUACUGGCCGCAUGUAAAGAAGGCGGUCGGCGCUUCAGAGAAGAUCUUCGAGUAUGUGGACCGAAAGCCUGAUGUUCCUCCAGACGGCUCUCUCGCUCCUCCAACUCUGAACGGACACGUGUGCUUCAGAAAUAUCACCUUUGCUUAUCCGAAUCGACCGGACACAGAUGUGCUGAAGAGCGUCUCUCUCGAGCUGAAGCCGGGCCAGAUCACGGCUCUAGUGGGUCCGUCAGGUUCUGGAAAAACCACUAUUGUGAGUUUGCUGGAGAGAUUCUACCAGCCUCAAAAUGGGCAGAUCUUAUUGGACCAGAAGCCACUGUUGAGCUACAAGGACAAAUAUCUGCAUGAGAAGAUUAGUGUGGUGUCCCAGGAGCCGGUUCUGUUCGCUCGGUCUGUGCUGGAAAACAUCAGAUACGGCAAAGAAAACGCCUCGGAUGAAGACGUACACGCCGCUGCCAAGCUGGCCAAUGCAGAUCACUUCAUUUCUAGUUUACCUAAAGGAUAUGACACGGAUGCUGGAGAGAAGGGCGGUCAGGUUUCCGGAGGACAGAAGCAGCGCAUCGCCAUCGCCAGAGCUCUGAUUCAGAGACCGCAGGUUCUGGUUCUGGAUGACGCCACCAGCUCGCUGGACACUGAGAGUGAACACAGGGUGUACAGCGCUCUGAGGAAGGACCUGAAGAGCUGCACGGUUCUGCUCAUCACACACAGACUGAGCGGCGUGGAGAACGCAGAUCACAUCGUCUUCCUCCGAGAAGGAGAAGUGGUCGAGGAGGGAAACCAUCCGGACCUGCUGGCCAAACAGGGAUACUACGCAGAGUUCGCCAAACAACAGAAUACAGCAAUCCAUCGCAACAACGCAGAAGACGUUACAAACACCGACCAAUGAUUGUCUACGUCAGCUAUCAUGUGAAAUCAGCACAAAUCAGAUCACACGCUUUUGCAUUUUUUUUUCUCCAUUAGUACUAGCAG